AGCCCGCAAGAUGACCAUCAACACCCUGGCUAAAGGAGGCUGGCACCGGGAGCAAAUGACAUGCUUUCGAAAGAUGGAGAAAGUGAUUGUGGCCAUGCAGGACCCUGACAUGGGCAUGAAGAUGAGAAACCAGAGACUUCUUAUCACUGUCAUCCCACACGCCAUGACAGGCCGUGACAUAAUUGACUGGCUGAUCCAGAAAUAUAAUAUCUGUGAGGAGGAGGCAUUGCAUCUCAGUGGCAUGCUGGUGAAAUACGGGUAUAUUUACCCUCUCAAGGAGCCGAGAUCUCUCAUAUUGAAACCUGAUGAGUCGCCCUAUCGCUUCCAGACUCCUUACUUCUGGACCAGUACCCGAUGGCCUGCCUCAGAGCUGGAUUAUGCAAUCUAUUUGGCUAAAAAGAACAUAAGAAAACAAGGAGAACUGAUGGAAUAUGAAAAGGAGAGGUACAGCGUGUUACAUAAGAGAAUCAACCACACCUGGGACUUUGUGGUGAUGCAAGCCAGAGAGCAACUCAGAGCGUCCAAACAGAGGCGGAAGGCGGACCGCAUUGUUCUAGAGUGUCAGGAGCAGGCCUACUGGCUCAUCAACAGACCUCCGCCCGGGGCACCGAAUGUGUUGGACAUGGGUCUGGAGAGACCAAAUAACUUCAGCGCCCGAGUAACAGUGAACAGCGAGUACUACAAAAAUGAGAUUGAAACCAGCAGAAGGGCCCUCGGAAGAAACCGUGUCAAAUCAUCCAUCUGCCUCGAAGGUUUUGUGAAAUACAGUGAACAGUACCAGAACCACGACCCCAUUAUGCAAGGCUGCCUUCCCAGUAACCCCUGGAUCUCUGACGACACCGCGCACUGGACGAUGAAUUCUGAAAUGUGA